AUGAAAUCUCUUAAGAAAUAGAUGAGAAUUAUAUAGAAACCAAGAAUCAUGGUUUGGUUUUAUACAAUACUAAACCUCGUUCCCCUUAUAUUAGGCCAAAUAUCUUAAGAUACUCCUAAAACCCCCCUAACUCUGGGACAGAUAUAUUUUGACAUUAGCUAGGAUGUGAGAACAAUGACUUAUUACUCAUAUACGAUAACCGGGAAAAAUCUUAAAACAGAUAUUGAAAAAAGCAUUGGAAAUAUGACUGCAAUCAGAUUAGACACAUAAGACCCUGACUCAGACCCUGAUCUAUUCAUAUCCAAGACUGUUGAUUACCCAACAUAAGACUAUGAAUCCGAUUAAGUAUGUACAAGAAAUGGUCCAGAAUAUUGUAUUUUAGAUAAUUCAAUUUUCAAAGUUGGAGAUACCAUCAAUAUUGGCAUUCGAUGCCUCAAUGCUUGCAAAUACUCUCUAAGAGUAAUACAGCCAACAGUAUCCUAGUUGAAUAGUUCCAAUGUCUCAGAAGCAACAACAACAGUCUUCUUAGACUAGAGAUCACUUAAUAUUUUUGCUUAUCGCAUUCCACAGAAUACCACAGAUAUUUCUAAAAUUGCUAACCUUCAAUUCACUGUUAUAAGCUACUAAUUGGAAAGUCAAAUGACUCUGGCUUACGUAGUCUCCAACAAUUUUAACUUGAUUUAGCAGAGAGACACUGAUCUGAUCAUUGAUGGAGGUAAAGCGAUUAAGUUUACCACUCAAGAUUACGGGUGGUGCAAUAAUUGCCUCAUAUACCUAAUUGUUAAUAUGAGAUCAGCUUCAAAUCUUAUUAUAAAGACGACUUUAUCGCCAGCAAUGUAUAAGCUAGAAGAUUAAGUAGCAAUAGAAAGACUGGUUAAGUCUUAGCAACUUGAAUGCCUCUCAUUUAACAUGCUAAAGGCAGUGAAUGAUGCAGUUUUCGAAAUUAAUCAGUACUAGGGAGAGAUGGACAUUUUGGCUUACUAUCGAAAUUUAGACACUAAUGAAGUGAGUUCAGACAUUCUGGUCUCAUCUGAAAUGUUUUAAUAAAGGUCUAUAAUUGUAAGAUCUAUUGAUAGACAGAGACUAGGGCCGGCUAAUGGCCUGAUUUACCUCUGCAUACAAGCCUUUUCAGAUUCAAGUCUUUCUAUUUACCCUUAUCAGUAUUAUUCAUUUGAUAAAUAUGACGCAGUUGAAGAUAGUUUAUACUCAUUCGUUCUUGACUCAAAAGAUUCAGUUUACUUCAGAUACACUUCAGUAAUUCUAUAGUAAAGUGCUGUACUCAAUAUCACAGUAUAAUCUUUCAGCAAUCUUUACAAUGUCCCAAAAGUCUUUUACUAGAUUUGCCAAUCCUCUAACAUAGAUGAGUGCUCACUAAGUAAACAAUAAUAGCAAGGAGACAAAUCCAUUUCACCUUUAAUGACUGAAUUGGUUGGACAAGUUGAUAACUUAAAGAAUAGAUAUGUAACUAUCAAUCACAAUCCUUUGAUGUGUCCAAUUCCAAGCAAUUGCAUCUAUCUAAUAAGUGUUUACAAUAAUGAUCUCAGCAAUCCCCUUAAAACUACUUUCAAACUUACCACAUCGCAGCCAGAUCCAAGACCCGUGAUGCUGUUCAAGCAAUAUUACGGAGUCUUAGAUCAGGGAGAUAACAAAUACUAUCAGCUUGUGAUGUCCCCAACUUAAAUUCAAACUCUUACACUGUCUUACUUAGUCGUAAACCUGACCUCAUUCAAUGGUAGAGCUGAUCUGUACGCUUCUAAUAUAACUAAAAACCCCAAUUCCAAUAACUAUACCUAAAAAAGUAGAACCAUUUCACCUUGGACUUCUCUAGUUUAUAACGUAACAGGGAUAGACAUAAUGCAGAAGCCAGUCUACUUCACAGUUAAUGCGAACUUCAGAACUACUUACUCUAUUAAAUUUGAUGCUAUUUACACUGAUAUUACUGACCCUAAAGAGUCAUUCAGUGAUAUCACUUAAGAAAUCAUUUUAGAUGGUAUUGUAAAGCAAACCUCAAUAGACUCUACAGGAAAUAGAACUAAGGUCUUUGCUUAUAGUCCAGUUAGUGAGAAUAAUAAUCCAAGAGAUAUCGUCUUAUUGCUCAAUGUCGACUCUUCACCUGCCAAUACUGUUCUCAAUUACGAUGUGUUCUAUGGAAACUAAAAAUGGCUAUAUCUCACUGGAACUAAUACGAUCAAAGGAUCUCAGCUUUAGUAUGUUGAUGGGCAGACUAUGACAAUCGUUUUUAGAGAAACCUAAACAUCACCCUAUAGAUAUCAAUCUCAGUAUUCACUUUCUUCAUAACCAUCUGAUCCUAAAAAUCUUAUAAAUUUCAACUUUGAGAUUAUGGCUGGAGGUAACCCUGCUUCAAACCUCAUAGAUACCUCAGUUGAUUAAAUAUACACAGCCUACACUUUAGACUCUUCUCAAUUAAUCUACUUCAGACAGUACUUAAUUGACACCAAUGGCACCUAUCAAUUCCAAAUCGAGCCUGUCAAGGGUACUGCUAGUGUUAUGUUCAGAACAGGGGCAACUCAGCCAUAAUUUAACAAAGAUGAGUCUAGUACCUACUUCAUGCAGUCAAUUUAUGAUCCAAACUAAAACAUUCACACCAUUCAAACAGAGAGACAGCAAAGAGAGGCUGCUUCAAGUAUAUGUAAAAACUCAAGUUAUACUCUUAGAGGAGGCAAUAACAACUGCACCAUGUGGAUUGGAGUCUAAUGUGAAGCUAGAUGCUUAGUUAAACUCAGUUCAUCAUUGAUUCAAGCCAAAACUAGAACAGUAGCGAUACCUACUCUAAUUCAAAAUAACACUGUAUAUUCCAGAUCUUUGGCCAGAAAUAAGACUGAUUACUAUUUCAUGCCUUUUAUUAGAAAUCAGCUCAAACCUACUUUUGCAUUUUUGCUGCAGAAGCAAAAUAACGAUUUACUAAUGACAAUGAGAGUGAUAUUGAAUGGAUUUUUACCUUAUUUCAAUUGGUCUUAUCCCACCAACACUUCAGCUGAUUUCGUUGUUAGAUCUAACUUUACAAACCCAGUAGAAAUACUUGAGAUGCAAAAUGUUACUCUAAUGAGAUGCCUAGUAAACCAAUCAUGCAUCAUUAUUAUUGGAGUGACUGGCAAUGGACCUGUCAACACCUCCAUCUCAAACUACCAGUUCACCUUUUUCGAUCAGCCCAGCAGGAUCUCUCAAGAACAUAUAUUCACUGACUUGGUAGAGUCCUCUAACACCUACAAGUAUUUUUGGUACAUCUUUAAUGCCACUGCUAAUUGGAGGCAGACUAUUUCAAUGAAAAUCAAUUCUCUUAAUGAUUAUGCUUAACUCUACGUAUCCAUAAAUAGCUGUGCCAGACCUUCAGAUAUGUACAAUCUGUAUAAAAGUGAUUAGUUUACAUCUGAAAUCAUCCAAAUCUCAUCGAAUGACUCUUACAUCAAGUCUUUCAAGUUUAUGCCAAGGAUGCUAGUAGUGAUUGGUGUUAAAGCCCUCACUCCAACUGUUAACUUUACCCUGUUUAACUAUGGUCCAAACUACUACAAUACCACCUUCUUAAACAUUACAGAUCUGACUCUUAACAAGUCUUUGAACUCUACUCUUAGGCCUAUUAACUAGAAACUCACAAAUAACUUCCAAAUCUUUAGAUACUUCAACUUUGACUCUAAGGAACUUAGAUUCGGAGUUUCCGUCAGGGAUGGCUCACUUUUCGUGUAUACCAAUAUCUAGAGAUAUCAACUCACAGUCAGCAACCCAUACUUCUAAAUUCCUCUAAAUGCCUCAACCAGUUUCUUGGCACCAAUUAACCUUAACAAAUCACAGAAUACCUCAAUAAUCUUUUCAGAUACUAAAAACACUGACUAUCUAUGCUAGUUCUGCUGGUACUACAUAACUGUGUUUUAGAAUUUUACUACAAAUCUCAAUGCCUAAACAGUCUUCUCUAUUAAUGUAACUGAGCCUGAAACUGCCUCAAAUAAAAUACCCUUAAUUUAAUCUAAUUUUGAAAACAUAAUUCUCUAGCCCAAAAGCUUUAUACAAAGGAGGAUAGUUUUCUAAUAUAAAUCAGAAUUUUCAAUAACUGUGACAAGUAACAGCAAUGCCAGUAUUUUAGCAAUAAUAUCGGAUCAUCCUGACUCGACUUUAGAAAAUACUAUUUGGACUCAAUCAAGCAACACCUCGGUUGUCUUUUCAAUGAGUUCUAUUGAUCCAAGGUUUGCAGUUGGACGUACCUAUUAUUUAUCAGUAGCUGCUCCUGAUAGCUUGUAAAAUGUCACUAUCGCAGUAAACUAGUUCAAACAGGUUAAUUUGCUAAGAGAUAAGAUGAUAGUACAAAACAGAAUGGACACUCCUUAGGACUUUGUCAAGUUCUAUUACUAUCUUUUGCCUAAGGUAGGUCAAAACUACACCUCUUCUCUGACUAUUAAUGUCAUUACCCCAGGUUUUAUUCCUAAUAUAUAUCUCUUAAAGAACGAUAUACUCAACGGCUCAUUAAUCUAUAGCAACUUGAAGUACCCAACCAUUAAUAACUUCAGUAUUAAGCUUGAGAACACAUUCUAUAGCAUAGAUGGUAGAAAAACCUAUAACAUUACAUUUAAUAACACAGCAAUGAACACUACCUAUUAGGUACCAUAUCUAGCACUUUAGAACUAGACUUUCAAUGUGACUACACUUCAAAAUGUCUCAACAUAGGUUUACAAUACUACUACCAAGAAGAAUCAAAUUGUAUAUCAGAUGAAAAAUGUAACAACUUAAGAGAUAAGAGCCGUCAAUGUUACUAAGUUUUACAACGCUACAGCAUUCAAUCAAUCUUACUACACGAUGGCUAUAUAUUGGACAACAUUUGGAUUCACAGAUUAUCAAAAAGCAGAAUAUGAGCUUAAUUAUACUACUAAUAUACCUGCAAAUAACGUGAGACUAAGUGUUAAACAGGAAUUACCAGCUUCUCAAUUUACAAAAUUCAUAGAGGAGAUUUUUCCAAACUGGAGUCAUAAAUAUGAAGGUUUAUCAGAAGAUAAUGCAGGUCAUUCAGAACAAAGUAUGAUAGUCUAAGAGACUAAAAGCAAUGUGGAACGACACUAAUUUAUGAGAGCUAAACUACUUCCUUAAAAAUGA